CGCGAGAGGGUGUGUGUUCUGAAGGUUGCACCAAGCUAAACACAACUGCCGGCGGUCGCGUUCGCCACUUGGCCCGACGGCAUCCUCUGAAGCCGGGGACGAACACACUCCUCCGUCCCGUCCCGUCUCGUCUCUGAGCCGGGCCCCCGGAGAGGAAUUGCCGCGGACACGGACACCGGCAUCAAAAAGUUGAGACGCAGCGGGGCUCGGGACACAGCGCACACGGCGAAAAAUACGAUGUGGCAGCUGCGCGGCUUCUCCUCAAGGUCAGCGUCGGAGCACCGCCGCCCCGCGGACGGACCAGCGUGUCGGGCAGUCGGCAGAGGAGGAAGCGGCGCGCAGCGGGAUGCCGCGGAGUCCUCCCUCGCCCCCAGCGUCGAGCAGUGACACCUCUCCCCGCCCGGGACCUUGGUGUGUUCGCCGACGCCCGUGAACCGCGCCUGUGCCGAGGCACGAACGGGACAGUUCGGACUCUUGUGUCGUCCGCGGUGUUGUAAAAGUCGGCUCCCUGUUUGAUCUCGACGCCGACCGCCCUCUUCCGCGUCGGCGCGACCGUUCUCACCUGGCCGACGACGUCGAGCUAGCCAGAGAGCGGGGCCGCCGGUUUUUCGCCGUGAGCCAGUCGAGGGCACUUUGGCGGGUUAAAGAAGCUCGCUCACUCGCCGGACGUCCCUCAACUUCCUCGAGUCCCGUUCUCCUCGUCGCCCUCGUCGUUCGGCGAAAUGCCCUCGAGGAGCGGUUCGCAGCGCCCGCCUGGCUCCGGGAGGAGUUCGCCGGAGCGGGGGCUGCUCCUGCUGCUCCUGCUCCUGGUGCUGCUGCCCCUCGGAGACGCCAGCUCUGCGGGUGUCGGCCACCAGGAACACGCGGGCAACCACACGGCGGCGAACGGCCGACACAACUUCACCAAGAAGCCCUUCCCCGUGCUCAGCCUCGACUACCAUCACAUCCAGACGCCCUUCGAGAUCUCGCUGUGGGUGCUGCUCGCCUCCUUGAUGAAGUUAGGGUUCCACCUGAUUCCUCGUCUGUCCAACAUCGUGCCAGAAAGCUGCCUGUUGAUUGUGGUGGGCCUGUUGGUGGGGGGGCUCAUCAAACUGGCUGGAGAGAAGGUCCCACCAGUGCUGGACUCGAGAUUGUUCUUCCUCUGCCUGCUGCCGCCCAUCAUCCUAGAUGCUGGCUACUUCCUGCCCAUCCGCCCUUUCAUGGAGAACAUCGGCACCAUCCUCAUGUUUGCUGUCGUGGGGACACUGUGGAACGCCUUCUUCAUCGGGGGCAUCCUGUAUGCUGUGUGUCAGAGCCAGCCAGACCUCAACAAACUCAGUCUGCUGCCUUGCCUGCUGUUUGGCUCCAUCGUCUCAGCUGUGGAUCCUGUCGCUGUGCUUGCUGUGUUUGAGGAGAUCCACAUAAACGAACUUUUGCACAUCCUGGUGUUUGGCGAAUCACUGCUGAACGAUGCCGUCACUGUGGUGCUAUACCACCUUUUUGAUGAGUACUCGGCCGCUGGCCCAGUGACGGUGUUGGACGCCUUCCUUGGAGUCAUCUCCUUUCUGGUGGUUGCGUUGGGUGGCGUACUUGUGGGAGCUAUCUAUGGCUUCCUGUCUGCCUUCACCUCACGCUUCACUUCCCACACGCGUGUCAUCGAGCCACUAUUUGUCUUCGUGUACAGCUACAUGGCCUACCUGUCAGCUGAGAUGUUCCACCUCUCAGGCAUCAUGGCGUUGAUAUCAUGUGGAGCAGUGAUGCGUCCCUAUGUGGAGGCCAAUAUAUCCCACAAGUCCCACACCACCAUCAAGUACUUCCUGAAAAUGUGGAGCAGCGUCAGCGAGACACUGAUCUUCAUCUUUCUGGGCGUAGCCACGGUGGACGGACCUCACUCUUGGAACUGGAUCUUCGUCACUGUCACUGUCAUUCUGUGUCUGGUGGCACGGGUCAUAGGAGUGAUUGGCUUGACCUACAUCAUCAACAAUUUCCGCAUUGUCAAGCUGACCACCAAGGAUCAGUUCAUUAUAGCCUAUGGUGGCCUGCGAGGCGCCAUUGCCUUCUCCCUCGGCUUCCUGCUGGACGAUGGUCGGUUUCCCAUGAGAGAAAUGUUCCUCACUGCCAUCAUCACUGUUAUCUUCUUCACGGUCUUUGUGCAGGGCAUGACCAUCAAACCCCUGGUGGAGCUGCUGGCAGUAAAGAAAAAACAGGAGGCCAAGCGCACGAUUAACGAGGAAAUCCACACCCAGUUCCUUGACCACUUACUGACUGGAAUCGAGGACAUCUGUGGACACUAUGGACACCACCACUGGAAGGACAAACUGAACCGCUUCAACAAGAAGUAUGUGAAGAAGUGCCUGAUUGUGGGCGAACGCUCCAAGGAGCCGCAGCUCAUCGCCUUCUAUCACAAGAUGGAGAUGAAACAGGCCAUUGAGCUGGUGGAGAGCGGAGGGGGAGUGAAGAUGCCGUCUGCUGUGCCCUCCACCGUUUCCAUGCAGAACAUUCAGCCCAAGAAGCCUCCUCCUGCCAAGUCUGCAGAGAGAUCUCUGCCACAGCUGCCUAAAGGCAGAGAGGAGGAGAUCAGGAAGAUCCUCAGGAGUAACCUUCAGAAGACACGACAGAGGCUGCGCUCCUACAACAGACACACUCUGGUGGUGGAUCCGUACGAGGAUGGAUUCGGUGACUUGCUCAUCAAGAAGCAAAAGAUGAUUGAGCUGGAGAAGAAGAUAAAAGAGAUGAAUAACUACCUGACGGUGCCUGCAGCUCCUCCCGACUCCCCGACAAUGUGUAGAGCCCGACUGGCCUCAGGGAGAGAUACUGAUUUCAAACCUGCUGAGCAGCAGAGAGGGAACAAAAUCUGUGCAGACCCCCAAGCCUACAGUGUGAAGCAGUCGUCCGACAGCGUGCCGACCAUCCAGGUAGACCUGGCCUCUCCUCAGUCUCCAGACUCCGUCAAUGUGAUGGAUGAGUUCAGGCGGGCCAAGCAGCAGCAGGAGGAGGAGGAGGAGUACCAGGGCCUGAUGAUGAAGCCUCCCCAGGGGCCCAGCGGACCUAAUAAACCGGGCGAGGCGGACACAACCAGAGAUCCGCAGAAGCUGACGAGGUGUCUCAGUGACCCUGGUCCCAGCGCAGACGAGGACGAGGAUGAACCCUUCCUGUCUUGAUAUGGCAGAGUGGAUACGGAGGGAUCACUGGUUAGAGGAGACAGGGCUGCCUCACUGCUCUGCUCUCAAUUAUCUCUUUGGUCCAGAAACCAUACAAGCCAAAACUGAAAAUGCUGUACAGAGCAGAAACUAAAAGCAGAAAGAGAAGAAGAAGAAAAAAAAAAAAAAGAGCCAUUAGUUUGUUAUUGUCAUUGCUCUUUAUUUUUGUAGACAGGACUUGAACAGCAUUGGCUGAGAAACGGUGGAGACAAUAGUCAGACAUUCAGGACAGAACUAUGCAUUACCAAAGGUCUGGACUGUUUUUGUGUCAGACAAUGUCGUUUUUACUUUAGUGUUUUACUUCUUUCUUUCUUUCUGGUUUUAUUUUUGUUUGUGAUUUUACAGCUUUUCUUUUGUCUUCAAGGCUACAUCCUCAGAGACACACUGGUCCUCGUCCUUAAUGUAAUCAACAAAGCAAACUAGUUAGUGCAGUUUUCACUUUCAAAAACAGAAUUGGAGUUCUUUCAUUUCAUCACUUGAAAUUGCUGGAUACUCAAACUUUUAGCUAGUUGCAAGUAUUUUUGCCUUAUUUUAUGUUGUAUCUUUUCACUUGGUGCAUUUCUAUUUGUUUUUUUGAUUUCAGGGGUACUAACAUCUGUUUGUAAUCAGAGUUUGUUCCAGUGUUUGUGGGAUGUAGGUCCAUGCUGGAUGUAUUGAGUCUUUGCAAAUCACUGUGUAAAAGAACCACAGUUCUUUAUCGUCGUGCUCACCGACCCGCAGCCUUGUCCUGUGGCUGUAGAGGGAUUUCAUGUGGUCUUGAGGAAUGUUUCAUCACUAUUGUACAAAGUAGUUCUGACCUACACGUGUGGAGUGAAGGCGAGUAUGAUGGAAACUCAAGAGUUACGCCGCGAUGCAGCACAGAUGUUUUUGAUGUCAGCCAACGAAGUCUAAAGUUGACUAACCUGUUGUCAUUUCACAUUUCUGUGUCAAUGUUUUACGAUUUACCUUCGUUAAGGACCCUUGUUAGAGUAGAUUCCUCAGAUGUAACGAACAAGUGCCCAUCUAACGCCAUCACCUUCACUCUCCUAUUUUCAACUUUUAUACCACAGGAGUUGUUUAUGAUAUAUCAGAUCUAAAUGUUCAAUGCUCACUAUCUUUAACAUUUCUUCCUUCAGUUUUUUUCUUUUUUACUGGCUUUUAUGGGAAGCGUUUCUGUCCUUCAUUAAUCUCGAAGAUAUUACAGGAUGCGACAAGUGAAAGUUUGUUUGUGCAGGAAUCCAUCCACGCCCCCUAACCUUCUUACAAUCCAAGUUUGUAGGAUUGUAAGAAUCCUUGUCAAGACAUGUAAGAAUUUUGUCAAGACAAAAAUAAAAAAGUAAUUCUAUGCAGUAUA